CCUUGAUUGUUCAAAAUUCAUUGGGCCCUAGACAUCUCCCCCUUCAUCGCUGAUGAUAUGAAUUCGAUGAAGGUCAUUUUGUAAUCGAUAACGACUAGUCUCUCGUCGUCGGGUGAAGAAUAACCGGCAAAAUGCGAAAAGCUAAAGAACCGAGAAUGUCAACACGGAAGUACUCUGAUGAGGACUUGGAGAAGGCCCUGACGUCCAUAGCUGCAGGAAUGACAACUACAGUUGCCAGCCGAACAUACAAUAUUCCCAAGUCAACUUUAGACGGCCACAAAAAGAGGAAACUAUAUUCUGCACCUACUCCAGCAGAUGACCUUGACAAGAUACUUGUAGACUGGGUCAUCGCCAUGUCUGACAAGGGUUUUCCCAUUAUCAAGGAUCAGGUGAUAAAUUCUGUCCAAGAAUUUCUGCAGAAAAUGGAUAAACCCAACGAGGGCGCUGACCAACCUAUUGAAGAACAGUGGUGGCUGGAAUUUAAGACACGAAAUCCCGAAAUCUGCGAUCGAAUUACCAAGAACAUGAUGUAUACUCCCGAAACAGUAACUGCAGAGAACAUACGCCAGUGGUUUCACAGACACAGAGCUCACUUGACUUCCCAACAACUCUUGAAUAUUGAUCCCUCGAGGAAAUUCUGCUGCGAUGAGUCUGGCUUCCUCUUGUCCCCACAAGGAGAAAAGGCGCUGGUGAAACGAACUGAAAACUCUGCAUAUAAUUUCGCUAACAACCACGCGAAGGAGUGCGUUACAGCUCUGAUUGGUGGAAAUGCAGUUGGUCAACGGCUCCCAAUUCUGGUGAUGUUUAAUUACCAUCGAUUACCAACUAAUAUUAUCUCUACUAUGCCUGCGAAUUACAUUAUUAGACGCUCAGAGAGUGGAUGGACGACAGCCCAAUUAUUCCUCGACUGGAUGCGUCACUCGUUUCAGCCAUUUCUCAUGAAAAAUAAAAUUCAACUGCCAGUUGUCCUGUACUUGGAUGGACACUCGCCAUAUUUUUCUGUAGCUCUCAGUAAGUACUGUCUUGAAAACCAUAUCGAACUCGUUGGACUUUAUCCCCAUUCCAGCCACGUUCUCCAUCCUCUAGAUGUGGGUGUCUUUAAACCGCUGGAGGAAGUAUGGAGGAAAGUAGUUACAGAGUGGACGGUGGCUCACAAUGGAGAAGGAUUGAAUAAGAAGGAGUUUGGGGGAGUUUUCAAGACGGCAGUUGAUCAAGUCGAUUGGAGGAGAACCUUGCGUAAUGGAUUUUGCCGAACUGGGCUUCAUUCCUUCGAUACUGAUGAAAUCAAUGAUGAAGAACAAGUGCAAACUUCGUCCCAGGAAUCACUCGGGACACCUGGUGCUACUGUAGGUCUGCCGCCGAUGCCGCUCGUUGAAUCAGCUGGAACUUCACAAAUAGAAGGUGGACAGAGAAAAUCCCGAAAGAGAAGCAUCCAGGAUUAAUUCAUUGAGAGAAGUAUUUUUUCGGUUUCCGUCACUUUUAGAAUAUUAUUUAUGCUUUUUUCAUUUUUUUUAAAGAAGAUCGUCAUACUUUUCAACUUUCUGAGAUAAUUAAAUAAAUAUUUAGGUAUAGUACAAAAAUUACGAUAAGUUAUAAUACUUUAGACUUGACAAAGGUUAGUUUGGUGCUGGUAGAAAAUGUUGAUAAUAAUUCUUGGUGAAAUCCACCAUCAACUCAAGGGUACAUUCAGGCAGAUCCUCCACUGGUGUUGCUGGAUUACCAGCGAAUCUCGUGAAUGAGGGGACUAUCGUCUCAGGGGGGACGACAGCACCGUCUUCAACGUAACAACAAUCCUUAAGAAUGCAUCGUCUUCCCUGUAAUAUUUUAAUAAUUAAUCGUUGCAAGUGACCAAUCGAUUUAAGUCAACUUCACUAGUCCAUUUUUUGUUUUGUGGCGCAUCUCAAAAUUGAAAAGAAAUGAAGAUUUAGGUAAAACCUUUUAGAUAAAAUGUCCUAGCAGAAUGUCGACGUCUAUCGUUAUUUUUAAGAACAUUUAUCAAAGGGCUAUUGAAAACUGGAAAUGCCUCAAUUCUAGCGACCACUUGCAGUUGAAUUAUUGUGAUCAGUCCACAUCAGUGAAUGGGAUCACUGAUGUGGACUGAAAAUACUUACAAUCACUGCAUUUUUACCGAUGUAGACGUAUGAACCGACCACAGCAGCAUUAACUACAGCCCUUUCUCCAACAAACACAUGGUCCCCCAUUUGAAGUGGAAAAAAUGCCACUCUGAAAUUUUUUUUAUCACAAAAAUCGUAAAUGUAGGUAUGUAAAAUGUGAGAGUGUACUCUAGAGGAUGUUAAUGUACAAAUAAAAUCAAGAGAAGUCAGUGGACAAUGAAAAUAUAAUAGUGUAAAAUAGAAAAUGAAGAAUUAUUGUGAGAUUUUUAUGGUAAAUAAAAUAAAUUAAAUAAAUAAAUCCAUUUCAAACAAUUGAA